AUGGCAACCGCGAAUAUCGGCUUCCUUGGAUCGCUAGUUGGCUCAAAGACACAUGGGUCACUCGAGGGAUAUCCGAUGGCAACCAUGGAGUAUUUUGCUAGUACAGAAGAGUGUCUAGAGGACGGCGGUGGAGACCCCAUCUUCUUGAUGAGUCCAUUGCAGGCUGCUCUUCAAAACGUCUUUGAAGACAACCGAGUUAGUCUGGGAGUCCGGAGUCCGCAACCGCAGUCUUCGCUUCCAAUCGUCGAUGCGCGGUUUUCAUUGGUAGGAAAAUUGGAACCUCUUAAUGAGACGAUGGCGGAACUGGUCAAACCCUGUUAUAUGAGGGCACAUCCAGAAGCGAAGUGGGCUUACGCAGCGCACGAUUUCAAAUACUGGGUGCUGAGAGUGGACGAAGUGUAUUAUGUUGGCGGGUUUGGCGGCGAGCACUACAUUGGUUGGAUUGAUCAAGAAACCUGGGGCUCUGCGAGGCGUGGGAAACACGAUGGCGGGGGAUUGGUCUACCAGCAAACGUAG